AUGAGUUCUCGAGACAAUGCCGCCCCAGGGACGGAUGGUCUUCGAGAGCGGCAUGUGCAGACAACGCGAGAAGAGAAUGCAAAUACCUCAAGCACAAGCAGUGGGCAAUGUACCCCCAGAUCUGAAGGUGAUGUCGAGAAAGAGAAGAAAACCUUUGGCAGAACGCCAGAUGGAACAAUAUUUACUGUGCCCCAGACCCAUGAUAUGGUCUCCCAGCUACUCGACCCUCGCCAGCCCAAGAACCUCUCCGAUGUCAUUGUGCUCGCCAUCCUCGGUUUACAUAUCCUUGCCCUGUACUUCCUCCCCGCCGGCCUGAAGAGACCGGUUUUUGCCCUCAUAUUCCUGUUCUGGAGAGGCUGCUACAACAUCGGGAUCGGAUGGCUCCUCCAUAUCCAGUCGAACCAUGGCCGGCUAAUAGUAUGGGCAAAGAAGUGGCGGCUUUUCGAAAACCCGGCUACUGGCAAGAACCCGCGGCCAUGGCUGUACAAUCUGAUCAAACGCGAAUUGGAGACCAAGAUCCCAGAGGACUACAAAUUUGAAGACGCGCCGCUGGAGUACAAUACAUGGCUUGUGUUCCGACGAGUGGUAGACUUGAUCUUGAUGUGCGACUUCGUGUCAUAUGUUCUAUUUGCCAUUGCUUGUUCGGAACGGCCCGUCGGCGAAGGCGUGGGCCAGCUCAUAGUCCGUUGGACGGGAGGCAUGAUUCUUGUUGGCUUCAAUCUAUGGGUCAAGCUGGAUGCUCAUCGCGUAGUCAAGGACUAUGCUUGGUAUUGGGGAGACUUCUUCUACUUGAUCGAUCAGGAACUUACUUUCGAUGGGGUUUUUGAGAUGGCUCCUCACCCUAUGUAUUCUAUUGGAUAUACGGGAUACUAUGGCAUCUCCUGGAUGGCCGCAAGUUAUAACGUGCUAUUCAUUUCGAUUGUUGCGCAUGCUGCCCAGUUCUUUUUCCUGCAAUACGUCGAAAAUCCCCAUAUCGAGAAAACUUACAAUCGUCCGCCACCCAGACGCCGGGACCCAAGCCCAAGCGACAUCCGGGACGAAAAUGCUUCUGCCGCACAUAAAGAAGGAAUGGAACUUGAUCAGCUGCCAGAACCUGCUUCGCAUUUGACUGCUUCCGAACAGCCCCUCGCGACACACAACUUAAUGGGCAACUUAGAUCUCUUCCGGACCACCGACCUAUCCGUCCUCUUACUGCAAGGAUAUCUAAUACUAAUAACUCUGUGGACCCCAUCAACGCCAUUAUUCCAGACUUUCUUCAUCCUAAAUGCAAUUGCGUGGCGUAUAUGGUAUACGGUCGGUUUGGGAGUCAUUCUCCACCGGCAAUCAAAUACGAAAAUGUGGACCAGACAUUUUGUCAAGUAUGGUGAAAGCACCGACGAGGCUUGGAGGCAAUGGAAGGGCAUGUACCAUUUGAGCAUGACUAUGUGCUACGCAAGUCUCAUCGCUGCUACCUGGAAGAUGUACUCUUUCCCAGCUGACUGGGGCCAUGGACUUGUGCUGUUAAAACACGUGAUGGGAGCUGGCCUUAUUGCUCUACAAGUAUGGACUGGGACUAGCAUCUACGAGUCUCUGGGCGAGUUUGGAUGGUUCUUUGGAGAUUUCUUCUUCGACCAGGCACCAAAAUUGACCUAUAGCGGCAUCUAUCGAUAUCUCAACAACCCAGAACGUAUCAUUGGCCUAGCUGGUGUGUGGGGUGCGGUUUGUAUUACCUGGAGCGGACCAAUCUUCCUCAUUGCCGCUCUUAGUCACAUUUUAACCCUUGGGUUCCUCCAGUUUGUAGAGAAGCCACACAUGCAAAAGCUGUAUGGAGAAUCCCUUCGAUCAGAAGCUGGACUCACGAAGAGUAUCCGACGAUCUCUACCGCCGCCACUCAAGAAGUGGAAGGGUAGUGUAGAUAAAGUUUUGGGCGAGACGGGUAACUUUAUGGAAGAGCUUCUGGAUGCUGCUCGGCCCAAACUCGCAGCCGGUGUUUCGACUAUCGUCCGUGAUACCACCGCUUUGUUCCAACAGUACCCAACGCGCAUUACCAUAACCCGACUCGCUCCCGAUUUAGCAGGCUAUGAUCCUAGUGAUUAUUUUAUUACAAUUCAAGGAACGCCGUCGGCUCUGUCUCCUCGUGAUAGAGCAACGGGAAAUGAGGGUCAAACCGCACAGCUUCCACGGGAACGGACUGACAAAUACCAACCACUUAUAUUCGAAUAUGGUGCACCAAUCAAGGUUAAAUGGACCGCACCGGUUAAUCAUAGCAAGAAAGAUUGGGUUGGGCUGUAUAUGAUCGCUGAUAACGAAUCUCGAGAAAUUACUAGAGUAGCUUCCGCAGGCCGUUGGGUUGCGACAGUGCCGAACGUGUAUGAAAGUACGCCAGCCGACAAUGGAAUAUUAGUAUCCAACCAGCUGGUUUCGGGUACGGAUCGCCAAGAUGGUCAUACUGAAGACUACUACCAGGGCGAGAUGAUUUUCGAAGGAGACAAACUCUGGUGGACACAGGGAGUUUUCGAAUUCCGCUACCACCACGAUGGCAAGCAUAACGUUAUGGCCAUCUCCCUCCCCUUCGAAGUUCGCAUCGGACGCUUUGACGAAGAAGGCGUAGAAGUGGACGCUCAGGGCAUGAGCCGCACCGCCGUCGAAAGUGCUCUAUUGCCUGUGGUGCGUAAUUGCUUCGAUCGCGACCCAGAGAUCGCGCCCAACACGGUGGACGAGAGCUUUGGCAGCCUAGUCGAACGAGACCCCAAAUAUGCCAAGCGUGUCGUCUUCGCUGUUCAUCAAAUGUUCGGUAUCGAGUUCGCGCCUGGCGUGGUGCUGGCUGAUGGGAAUGUGAAGAAGCUAGCGUGGAGAAUCUGUAAUGCGAAGCACGUACUGGCUCCAUAUAGCAUGUCCCUGCCAAAGACAGCUGCAACCAGCAGCACAGACAAAUCAUAG